AUGAACGGCACGAUCCACGUCAAGGUGCUACGUGCCAAGAAUCUGCCGAGAAUGGAAUUUGGCAAGCGUCAAGAUCCAUUCGUACUGGUGCAGCUGGACAAGUCGCGACCCAAAUCGUGGGCGACGACGGACCCAGUGUUCCGUGGCAAUACGGAGCCAGAGUGGAAGGAAGGCGCGAACAAUGAACUGGAGCUCUUUUACGACCACGAGAUGCAUCAAGACGAGGCAGUGACGCUGACGGUCGAGGUGUAUGCGAACGAGUCGGGCGACGAACUUGUUGGCUCGGGCCAAUUGGACGUCUCGGCCAUUGUGCACAAGCAAAGCACCGAGCCACAGCAUGAGCAUGUCCAGCUGGGGAACAAUCGAGGCGAAGUCGAAGUGCUCGUGUGGUUUGGCCCACCAGUUCGCAGGGCUUUUCGCGCUGCUGGCCGCUCGAUGAAGUUGCUGGAUGCGCGAGACGCGGUCGUGGGCAUGAUGUGCUCGAUGACGUCGUGGAUUGGCCGCGUCCUAUCGCGGUACACCCAGCCGCCAACGGACUUUGCAAAGAAGCACCGCAAAUUAAGCGUGGCUGUGGCGGCAUUGCUGGGCAUCAUGGGCGCUGGAGCGCUGGCUUUGUUCCUGGCCGUUGCUGUACCGACGAUGCUGGUGGCUUUUUUUACGUUCCCGUUGUGGAUCAUCCCGUUCCUAGUGACGACGUUCUUUACGGCGCCGCUGUGGGUACCCAUUCUGCUCUUGGUGGGUCUGUUCCUGCUGUUUAUCGCCACGUUUGUCUUUGGUCUCGGGGUCACCUCGCGUCCCGUGCGUCGCAAAGGGGCUAUGAUUUCCAACAAGAUUAAGCACUCGGAUGUUGGCAAGCGCGUGAUCUACGAGAAGAUGGCGUAA